AUGUCAAACUCUUCUGAUAUCGUCGAUACUUCCAAUAUCGCUAGUUUAUCUACAAGCACCAUUCAAACCGCUACUGCUACUACUGCUACUACCGAAGAAUACUCAAAGGAAAAUGUCGCUCCAGAAACUCCAAAAUCUUUACCAUCUUUGAAAGAUCUGCCUUCCUUAGGUUCUUCUAACUCCAUUGCAGGUAACAACAAGGUCUCCUGGGGCCCAAACAUGAAACCUGCUGCUUCGAUCUCUUUGGCUCAAACUAAGAAAAACGCCGCUGCUAAAUUGGCCGCUGGGAACAACCGUUUAAAGACUAUGCAAGAAAAUUUCACUUUGGAUUUACAAUCUCAAUUGGCUAUGACUAAACAAGAAUUAUCUAAAUUGGUCUCUUCUAUAAAACAACACCAUAAUGUCUCCAUGGAAUCCACUCUAGCUAAAAACUCUAGAACUUUCUUGAUCUCUGGUAUUGUCAAUGACGUCAAGGAAGCUAAACGUGAAUUGAUUAAAGGUUUAACUAAACCAGUCAACGAUAAAUUCGAAGUCCCAGCUAAAUGUAGAUCUGUCAUCAUCGGUUCUGGUGGUAAGACUAUUCGUGAAUUAUCCUCUAAAUACGAAGUUAAAAUUAACGUCGCUAAAGAAAACAUUGAAAACUCCUUCGAUGAAGAUUUGAACGAUGAAAUGUGUUACGUUACUCUAUAUGGUGAUUUCGAAUCCGUUAAGAUGGCUAAACAAGACAUUAUGAACAUUGUUAAGGAAGAUACAAAGAACGCUAGUAUCAAGAUUGUUGUCGACGAUGCUAAUUUGUUACCAUUCUUAUCUGCUUCAGCCAUCGAAAAAUUGGUUUCAUCUGAAACUAAGGUUUCAUACUAUCCAAAUGGUGAUUCUGCUGAUAUUGUCAUCCAAGGUCUACGUGAAACUGUUAAGAACGAUAAGACUGCUGUUCAAAAAUUCUUGAACAACUUGGCUACUGAUAUCUCAGAACAAAAGAUCAAGAUACCAGCUAAGUUCCAAACUGUCAUCGAUGCCAACGCUUUAAUGGAACAAUUCAAUGUUAUUGUUAAGUUCCCAACUGAAGCCGGUGAUGAAUUUGUCUCCUUCAUUGGUCAAGACGCUAACGUCAAGGAUGCUAUCACUGAAGCGCGUGCUUCUUCAAAAACUUACUCUGUUGACUCUCUAGACAUCUCUAAGGCUCAUUCUAACAACGUCACCCACGCUAGAUACUUAGCCAUCUACUUUAACAAAUACGGAAACGCUUUGAAACAUAUCCUAGAUCAAUAUCCAGCUGUCAAGAUCGCCCUACCAACCAUCAAGGAACUAAGUGACAAGAACCUAACUUCUGUUAACAUUAUUAUCAGCGCCAAAUCUGAAAACGUUGAUGAUAUUAAGGCUGUUCGUAAGGAAAUCAUUGGUUUUGUUAACAACAUCACUCCAGCUGACACUUUGGUUAUUACUGACUUGGACUAUGAAUUAUUCCAUGGCCAAAUCAAACACACUCUAUUAAGUACUGAAGCUAAGACUGCAUUCAUUCAAAUGGGUGACUACGUCCAAGAUGAUGACACUGUGAUCUUGAUUGCUCAAUCCUCAGAUGAUGAUUUCAAACCAUCCAUGCAAGAAAUCCAAGACUCCCUAAACGCUGUCAACGAUGCUUUAGAACCGUUACGUGCUAAACAAAAUAGUAUGGAGACCAAGGUCUUUGAAAUCGCUGCUGACAAACAAACUGAAUUAUUCGGUGCUGAAUCUGUUAACAAAGCAUUGAUCCUAGACGAUGUUGCCAAGACUAACGGUAACAUUCAAUUCAAGAGCCAUACUCCACACAAGGACCAAUUAACCAUCAGAGGUGAUGACAAAUCUAUUAAACUAGUUUCCAAGAUCAUUGAAGCCAUCAUUGCUCCAGAGGCUAAGAAGGAUAAGGUUGUUAUCGAAGUUCCAUCUAACACUGUUCCAAGACUUGUUGGUAACAAGGGAUCCAACUUGCAAACUAUUCGUGACAAAUUCGAUGUCCAAGUUGAUAUCCCACACGCUGAAACUCAAAAUCAAUCCACACCUGUACCUGUUACUGUCACUGGUUUCGAUUACAAUGUCAAUCAUGCUAAGAACUACGUCUUAGCCGAAGCUAAGAAAUGGGCUGAUAUUAUUUCUAAGGAAAUUGUCGUUCCAUUGAAGUUCCACAGAAAUAUGAUGGGUCCAAAUGCUUCUUACAGAAACCGUCUCCAAGAUAAAUACAGUGUUCACAUUAACUUCCCAAGAACUAGCGAACUAGUCACUGUCAAGGGUCCAUCUCGUGGUGUCAAGGCCGCCUACGAAGAAUUGAAGAACUUAUUAGACUUUGAAAUGGAAAAUGGUCACAAGGUCAUUAUCCAAGUUCCAGCUGAACAAGUUCCUCGUGUCAUUGGUAAGAACGGUGAUAACAUCAAUGAUAUCAGAGCCGAAUAUGGUGUUGAGCUGGACUUCUUGCAAAAGAAUUCUGACGAAAGUGUUAAGGAAACUGGUGUUGUUGACCUGGAAAUCACUGGUACAAGAACAGCUAUCAAGGAAGCUCAAGCUAAGGUUGAAGAAAUUGUCAAAGAAGCUGCAAACUUCACUUCCGAAUCAAUCAAUGUUGAACGUAAAUAUCACAGAAUCAUUGUUGGUGCUGGUGGUAGCAAACUGAGAGAAAUCAUCAGCAAUGCUGGUGGUGAUGAAAUCAGAAACAAGACCAUUGAUAUUCCAAAUGCUGACGAAGAAAGUGACGUUAUCACUGUCCAAGGUCCGAAGACUUUCGUUUCUAAGGUUGUUAAAGCCAUUAACAAAAUCGUUGAAGAUGGUGAAAACUCCAUCACCAAGGAACUAGAGGUUCCAAAGGAAAGACAAGGUGCUCUUGUUGGUCCAGGUGGUAUGGUCCGUCGUCAACUUGAAACCGAAUUCAACGUUACAAUCCAAGUUCCAAACAAGGAUCAAACUGGUCCAGUGACUGUUACUGGUCUAGCUGACAAUGUUGCAAAGGCUGAAAAGAAGAUCAAGGAAGAUAUUCUAAAGGACAAUUUCGAUGUUGAAAUCCAAGUUCCAGCUGCUAUUCAUCAAUUUGUUUCUGAACGUGGUGCUUUGAUCCAAAAGUUGAGACUCGAUGAUUUCGUCAACGUUAGACACGGUAACGCCAACAGAAGAGCCAAUAAGAUAAACAGAUCCAAGCUGGUAAUUCCAGUAGAAAAGGUACGUGCUGAAGAAGGUUCUACCCAAAAGGUCAAGAUCACAAUCGAAGAAGUUGGUGAACCAAGAGAUGAUGCCGAAGAAGGUGACAUUCCAUGGAGAUUAACUUACGAGCCAAUUAACUUUGAAGAAUUACUAGGUGAAACUUCUGACGAAGACAAAGAAACAAAGCCAGCUGAAUCUGCAAAGCCAAGUGCCGAGAAGAAGAAGGCUGCUCUUGAUAAGGCUACAAAGAUUAUCGAAGAUAGAAUUGCUUUAGUCAAGGAUGCUACUUAUGUCUGUUACAUCUGGACCUCUGAAUUCAAAAACUUCAAUAGAAUUGUUGGCCCAGGUGGUUCCAACAUCAAGAAGAUUAGAGACGAUACCAAUACUCUGAUCAACAUUCCAAGAAAGAACGACCCUGUCAAUGAUGUUGUCUACAUCAGAGGUACUAAAGAAGGUGUCUCCAAGGCUGCUGAAGCCAUUGUUAGAGGUCUAAAUUAA